UAAACUAACAGAUGACUCUGAGUCUCCAUUCAUGUGUUUGUGGUUUGUUUUGAUUGUUCCUCUCUUUUUUUAAAUUGUCUCACCUUUUCUUUUAAUUGUAUGGCAUCGCGACGAGUUGUCAUCACUGGGUUAGGAAUUGUCAGUCCAUUGGGUGUUGGUGUCAAUCGAUCAUGGGACAAUCUAAUCAACGGAAUCUCUGGAAUCACUUUGAUCAAAGGUCCAGGUUAUGAUAAUUUACCUUGUAAAGUGGCUGCUUAUGUGCCGGAGGAUCAGUUACAAUUGGAGGGGAAAUUUUCACCCGCCGAGGUUAGGAAAAUGUCCACGUCAACUUUGUACGCGUUAAUUGCUGCUGAUGAAGCAAUUAAAUCGUCACAAUUAAACCUGGAAACAGUUGACAGAUCAAGAAUCGGAGUCACCAUUGGGAACGGAAUGUGUAAUGUUGAUGAUAUUUACGAACAGGUAAAAGUGUUCAAGGAUCGAGGUUAUAAUCGUUUCAAUCCGCAUUUUUUGACCAGAAUUUUGAUCAACAUGCCCGCUGGUUUUGUGUCCAUUCAUUUUGGCCUUAAAGGUCCAAAUCAUUGUGUAUCUACUGCUUGUACCACAGGUUUACAUGCUCUUGGCGAUGGUUUUAAUUUCAUCCAAAAAGGAUCAGCUGAUGUUAUGAUUUCCGGAGGGACCGAAGCGGUGAUUGGACCUUCAUCAGUGGCUGCUUUUUCCCGUAUCCGUGCACUGACCUGUGAUUUCAAUGAUUCACCUUCUCGAGCAUCUCGUCCUUUUGAUGCUCAUCGAAGUGGAUUUGUUAUGGGCGAAGGCGCUGGACUAAUGGUGAUCGAAGAGUUGAAUCAUGCCAAAAAUCGUGGGGCUACAAUUUAUGGUGAAAUACUUGGUUAUGGACUUUCGGGUGAUGCCUUUCAUAUAACCUCACCACCCGACGAUGGUUCAGGAGCCCAUGAUUGUAUGAGAUCGGCCUUGAUUGAUGCUUCAAUCGAUCCAUCAGAAAUCAAUCACAUUAACUGUCAUGCGACUUCAACACCUCAAGGAGAUAUCGCCGAGUUAACGGCAAUUAAGCGUCUCUUUGGUCCACAUGCCAAUCAAAUCGCCAUCACAAGUACCAAAGGUGCCACUGGACAUUUGCUAGGAGCUGCCGGUAGUGUCGAAGCCAUUUUCACCUGUCUAGCUGUCAACAAAGGUCUAAUCCCACCAACAAUUAACUUGGACAAUCCAAUUGAUACGGAAUUAAAUUUGGUCGCAAACAAAUCAAUAAAGUGGCCGAAAAAACCAAUUAACCAGACCAAUUCCACUUCUAAUCAACCAACCAGACGAAUCGCUUUAACCAAUUCAUUUGGGUUCGGUGGGACCAAUGGAUCUCUAGUUAUAUCCAAUUUCAUCAACAGUUAAUUGUAAAUCCAAAAUGCUUGUAGUCAAAUUGUUACAAUUAUAUUAUACUUAGAAAAUCAAGAGACGAAAACAUCACAAUCAAGCGACAAUCUAAAUCGUCUCAAGACAUUGAACUUGAACUUAGAAAAUAUUUUCUACAAGAUUUUAAAAUUAAAUGGAAAACUUAAUUUUCUUGUAAUUGUGAA